CGCGCUCCUUCGCCGGGCAGUCCGGGUCAGGAAAGCGAGUCACCCCUCGCUCUCCCCGCCUCUCUCUCUGCAUCGCCCUCCCUCUCACUCUCUAAACUUUGGAGACUUUUGCGCGUCCUGGGCGCAUUCUGGAUUUGCUGAUUUGGAGUCUGAAAACUUUCAGCGCGAGAAAAAACUGGAAAGCAGAGAAAGAAAAAGGGAAAGAGUAAAAAAGGGAGAAAAGAAAGAGGAGGAAAGAAGACCUUCCCUCGGACACCGGACAGGGAGAAUGAUCCUGCGGGGGGACCAGCUGCCGCUCCAGUGAAACAUGGAGACCUUUAGAGGUGAAGGCGGAGGAGGAAGAGGAGGAAGGUGGAGACUUCGUCACGUUGUCCCGGUGGUUCUGCUGUGGAUGACCCUGCACAGACACGUACUGGGCUGCGCCUCCACAAACUGUAACCUGGUGCUAACGGAGGCCCAGGGAGAAAUCACAUCACCGUGCUAUCCCCAGAGAUACCCCAAUUCGUACAACUGUAGGUGGAUCAUGCAGGCCCCCACCGGCUUCAUUAUCCAGCUGUCCUUCCUGGACUUUGAACUGGAGGAGGCGCCGGGAUGCAUCUAUGACUGGGUGAAGGUGAAUACAGGCAGCGCUGAAGUUGUGUUCUGUGGUCUGACGGCCAACGGGCUGACGCUAAACUCAACGGGGAACCAGAUGGUGCUGUCUUUUACCUCCGACUUCAGUGUGCAGAAGAAAGGCUUCAGAGUUAGCUUCCAACAUGUUGCUGUGGCCCUGAGGAACCAGAAGAUCAAGAUGAGCAGCGGUGUCGGGCAGAUCACCAAGGUCGCCAAUUCUGUUUCCAUCCCUGCGCUGAGUCAGCUGACCAUAUGCUUCGAGGUGGAGCGCACCAGCCUGAAACAGAAAGAAUGGAUCUUCACUUACUCCAAAGACAGCAGCGCCAUGUUGCUGAGUCUUGGUUCCGAUGGAACGGGGAUGAAGAUGGUGGUUGAUGGAGUGGUCUGUCCAAUAGACAACAUCAUCUUACCAUCUGACUUCACUAACUCCAUGAAGUCCUUCUGUGUCAUCUGGACAUCAUCAAAUGGACGUGUGGCUGUUUACUUCAAUGGGAACUACUUGGCCAAGACCUGCUCCAGCUCCACCGGACACUCCGUGCAGGCUGGGGGAGAAUUCCGGAUAGGAAGUCAGCAGCAGAGCUUCGAUGGGAACAUCUACAACCUGCGGCUGUGGAAUUACGCCAUGUCCAUUCAGGAGCUCGGCGCAUUAAAGUGUGACCACGUGGGGAAUGUCAUCGACUGGGACAACAGCUACUGGACCAUCCCGGCCUCUCUGGCCCAGACGAACACCUCGCUCAGCUGCAGCGUCUUCCCAGUGAGCAACGCAACCCUCAAUAAUAACUGUGACCCAUCUGCGCUGGGCUGCCCAGAUGAGCAGUUUUACCGAUUCGAGUUUGUGGUGGAUGACAGCAGAUCGCAGACGACACGGGAGACGCUUAAAUCAGCCGUGGCUCUUUGGCUCAAUCAGACCUUUCAGGACUGGAUCCACAAAGUCUACGUGGGCAACAUCAGUGUUCAGCUGAGUCCACAGACUGCAGGAAACCUGAGCAGCUAUGAGUGCCGUGGUCUGCUGGUUUAUACCGAGAUCAUCAACAAGAACCUGAGCCUCAUCGAUGAUGCGUCUGCCCGGCUCAGACAGGGGAGCGUGUCAGAGGGUGUGGAGAUCCAGAGCGCCUCUGUGGAAGUCAAACAGAUUGAAAAUUGCCCGUACGACCCGCCUUGGCCUGAAACCAGACCGACCGUUACUGAGUACCAGCCCUGCUUCCCCAACAAGAAAUGGAGGACCUGUUUAAUCAGUUCGAUGAACUACUCAUCGUACUGGUCAGAUCCAGACAGCAGCAACUGCACUGAUAUCGACUCCAUCCAAGUGUCAGCAGAAAAUGCAUCUGAUGUAGCGGAGCAGCUCAAAGCGUUCACCAACAACAAGCUGAAUGAGAAAGAGGUGUCUAAAGUGGUGUCAAAGGUGGAACAACUAGUGAACGUAUCCAAGAUCAACUUCACGUUAGCCUCCAGCAUCGUCACCAUCAUCUCCAACGUCAUGAGUGGCUCAGCUACAGUCCCGGCAGCCUCAGACAAAGCUCUGAAGACCGUGGACGAGCUGGUGCAGAAGAUCCAGUUUGAUGGUCCGUCCAUCCAGAUCAAUUCCAAGAAUCUGGCUGUGGGAAUUCUGGCCCUCAACACGACGAUGUUCAACGAAACAACCCUCAGCGCCUUCAUGUCUCCAAAUAAGUCAGACCCACAGAUUGAUUUUAAGUCUAAGCGGCCGAAUCCUUUAGCUCAGGUCACACUUCCCGCCUCUCUGCUGUCCAGAGUCUCUCAUGCCGAAGCCGACACACCGUCCAGGAUCAGCUUCAUGUUCUUCAACAGCCCCAGUUUUUUCCAGAAAAAGGCAGAAAAUGAAUUGAUCAGCUACGUGGUGGCGAGCAGCGUGGUGAACGUCCCCAUCCACAACCUGAGAGACCCAGUGAGGAUCGAGAUCGCUCAUCGCUCUGACCCGGCUCGUGGGACUCUGGACUGCGUUUUCUGGAACUUCACCAAGAACGAUGGAACUGGAGAUUGGAGCAAAGAAGGCUGCAAAAAAAACUCCACCGAAUCCACCGCCAACAAAACCGUCUGCCUGUGCGACCACCUCACACACUUCGGUGUCCUCCUGGACAUCUCUCAGACUUCGCCCUCCAUCGAUGAAAAGAACAACAAUAUCCUGACCUUCAUCAGCUACAUUGGCUGCGGGAUCUCCGCCAUCUUCUCUGCUGCCACGCUGCUCACGUACAUCGCCUUCGAGAAACUGCGACGUGACUACCCGUCAAAGAUCCUGAUGAACCUCAGCACAUCCCUGCUGUUUCUCAACAUGGUGUUCCUGCUGGACAGCUGGCUGAGCACCAUGAAAAACGAUGGGCUGUGUAAGGCUGUGGCCAUUUUUCUCCACUACUUUCUGCUGACCUCCUUCACCUGGAUGGGGCUAGAAUCGGUCCAUAUGUACAUCGCUCUGGUCAAAGUCUUUAACACCUACAUCCGCCGGUACAUCCUGAAGUUCUGCAUCGUGGGGUGGGGUCUUCCUGCUGUGCUGGUUGUGAUUGUCGCUGCGGUGGAAAAAGACGCAUACAAAGCAGUAGAAUACAAAGGAGGGUCAAAGUUCUGCUGGAUUACCAAUGAAGCUGUCUUCUACACCACCUGCGUCGGUUACUUCUGCCUGGUGUUUCUGCUCAACAUGGCCAUGUUUGUCGUGGUGAUGCUGCAGAUCUGCGGACGCAACGGCAAACGCAGCAACCGCACGCUGCGGAAAGAGGUUCUCCGAAACCUACGGAGCGCCAUCAGCCUCACCUUCCUGCUGGGAAUGACCUGGGGGUUUGCUUUCUUUGCCUGGGGACCGGUCAAGCUGACGUUCAUGUACCUCUUCUCCAUCUUCAACUCACUGCAAGGCCUCUUCAUAUUUAUUUUCCACUGCGCCCUGAAAGAAAAUGUGCAGAAGCAGUGGAAGAGAUACCUCUGCUGUGGCCGAUUCAAGCUGUCAGACAACUCAGACUGGAGUAAGACAGCUACCAACAACACCAAGAAGGUGAGCUCAGACAACCUGGGCAAGUCUCUGUCCUCCAGCUCCUUUGGCUCCACCACCGCCAACUGGACCUCCAAAGCUAAAGCGACGCUCAACCCGUUCAAACGACAUAGUAACACAGCUAAAUACUACUCCAAACAAACCAAUCCAAAGUGCAUCUCCUCAUCCUGUUCCUCCUCAGAAGUGGAGCCCAACUCCUCUUCCUCCUCGUCCUCCAUCCUUCCUGUCAGCCAGAUGAUUGACAAGGUGAAAGGUUACUGUUCCACACACUCUGACAACUUCUGCAAGAACAUCAUCAUGCCUGACACCUGCACCCACUGCACCAGGUUUUAGAUUGCCCUCAGCACUUCUGCUGCCCCCCAUUAGAAUAUGUUCUAGACCUGCUCACAUUGUUCUAGAAACUUCUUAACAUCCUGUUCACAGCUUCACUGAAAGGCUUCUGUUAAAGGUUCAUACAUGAAGCGCAGCACUGGAACAUGAGUCAUUAUUCUGUACAUGCCGCUGAACAUUAUUGAACCUUUUGUGUUCUGGAAGUACGUCUAACAUUUCUGGAUUUCAGCAUUCAACUGUUCAGUCUGUUGGAUAUCUUCCUAAUGUUCCCGAACUUUGUGAGAGCAAAAUUUGAUGUUUUGAAACGUAUCCAAGUAUUCUAAAGUUGUGUGACAGCCUCAUUCCAAGAGAAAGGUUGUAGCAAGUACCGGCUGACUGAGAAUUACAGAACAUGAUUAUAAACUCAAUGAAGCCUGAGUCAGUGCCCUGAGACUUUUGCACGUUCCAGAAAUCUCCAACAUUCGACAGUCCCUGUGUUUCGAAAACUCUCAGAGCCUCAACGGUUUGAGAAGCUUUGAAUUGUAGAGCUCAUCCAAGCAGUGCAGAGCUCUAAAAGCCUUAGUCAGAGAGUGUGUUUUUAAUUCUUCUGAUAUUCAUUGAGAUAGCCCCCUAACACUGUACAAGCCCAACACCCACACAAACUGUUUAGAAGCGUUCUGAUUCUGUCUCAGCCUCAGAGAUGUCCCUGAAAACUUUGUUAAAUCGUGUGUCAUCAUGUGAAUUGUUUGUUUUGUUGUAGGAGCACAUAGUUUUUUGUACAAUUAAUUCAACAAUCUGCAAAAAUUAUUGAUAUGUGUUUUCAUUUAUGUUAAAUUUACAAGGAGCAGGCCGGUUUGUCAGACUGUACUCUAAUUUGAUUGGAUAUUUUUCCUCAGUACAGAGUAUGCAAUAACGUGAUUAAAUUCCUUUGUACAAAAGUCCCAAAAGGCUUUUCAAGAAAUAUGCUUUUUUUAUGAAAUAUGCUUAAACGGCAGCCUGUGAACUCAUCAGAAUUAAGUCAGUCAACAAAAUUAUUCUGAUUAAGAAUGAUAAGAGAAGCUACAGGGUGGUCAGUGACGCUGAUGUGAUUCUACUGUAUCAUAUCAAAUUACCAAAAUUGGCCGACUUGGCUGCCAGAAUGUAAGAUGAAACUAGGAGCAAGGGGGAGUGAUCAGAGGGGUGAGGAAAGACAAAAAAAUGAAAAAAAAAAAAAGGAUGUUAUCAAAGAAAAAACUAGACUCUUAGGUUUGGCAUCUUUUUAAUACUGUGAUGUUUAUUAAAACUGUCCAUUUGUGCACGUGUGUGUGGAGCCAUACCCUCUGUAAAUAUAGAUCUAUGUAUUCUAUGUGCCUUAUUUUUAUUGUGAAAAUCUGUCUGGAUGGUUGAUUUUAUUCAUGCCUUUGUAAGGUCCUCAAAGGGUCACUGCAACUGUACAUACUUUAUGCUUUAUAUACAUGCUUUAAGUUGUGAUGACCAAAGGGGCAGAAAUAGGAUGGACACACACAAAAAGAGAAUUGAACAGAAUAUAAUCUCCACCGGGAAAGGCCGAUUGAUCAAGGUGUUUUCAAAUACUCAUUUAACAUAUUUACAUUUAUUAAAAAUAUUAUUAUCAUGAACAAAA